CAACGCAACGCACAAUCACACACCUCAAGUUCGCGAGAACGGAGCUCGGAAGAACGGGACUGGAGAUGCGAGACCGAGUACUGAGAGCAGUAGAAUAAAACGGAGAGUGUGCGCGUUCGAUCGUUUUCCCCCACUUGCUGAAAAUUUCGUAGAGCUCUCGGUUAAAGGUUCAAAGUUAUGUGAGGCGAAAAACAACAAAUCUAAAAAGAAAGCAAAGGCGCUGCGAAGCAGAGCGGCUGGAAAUAAAAUGAAACUGGGAUCGCGGCACCAGCAACAAGUUUUAGUGGUUUUCCUUUGUGCGUCUCGUUCGUGUUUGCUGCUCUGCGCUUUGCUCGCCCCAUUCGUCGCCGACUUUUAUUUUGUUUUGCUCAUUUUAUCAGAAUCGGAACCCAAUCCGAUUCCGACUACCUCCAAAAAAGCGCAAGGCGAGCUAAGCUGCGUUAAGGUGAGCUGAUCCGCUCUGCUCCAAACCGAUCUAAUCCCAGUGCUUAGUGCAUGCAAAGUUGCGAGGCCGCGCUUUCGAAAUUAUACAACCCACAUGGGGCAGCGCCAACAAAAGUCUCAGAAGAUACAAUAGCGGGCAGCCAAGCAUUCUGCCACCGACAACCGAGUACUGACCAUGGCCCCCACCACCACUCCGCCGCCCAAGCUGGCCAAGUUCAAGUCCUCGUCGCUAGACCACGAGAUCUACACAGCUAAUCGACGGGGCACCAUUGUCACGGCCUCGAGCGACUGGAAGGCGCUUCGUGGAGCAGGUGGAAUAGGAGGAGGACCCGGAACCGGAAUGGGAACUAAUCCCUCCAACGGACGUUCCCUUCAUGCAGUUGGAGCCAUUACUCGGGCCGCCUCCACAUCAUCGCUGGCAAGCAGCACACGCACCAUGACCAACUACCAGGAGUACAAGAUGGAGAUUAUCAACCAGGGAAAAUGUCUGUGUGGCCAGUACAUUAGAGCUCGGCUGCGUCGGGCCGGAGUCCUCAACCGGAAAGUGACUCAGCGUCUGCGAAACAUCCUGGAUCCCGGUUCUUCGCAUGUGGUCUAUGAGGUCUUUCCGGCGCUGAACAGCAUGGGCGAGGAAUUGGAGCGCAUGCACCCCCGGGUUUACACAAACAUAUCCCGACAGCUGUCAAGAGCACCCUUUGGAGAGCUGGAAGAUAGUGACAUGGCGCCCAUGUUGCUCAAUCUAGUGGCCAAAGAUCUGUUUCGCUCUAGCAUCACCUGGGGCAAAAUAAUUUCGAUCUUUGCCGUCUGCGGCGGAUUCGCCAUCGACUGCGUGCGCCAAGGUCAUUUCGAUUACCUGCAGUGUCUGAUAGACGGACUGGCUGAGAUCAUAGAGGAUGACCUCGUAUACUGGCUGAUCGACAACGGUGGAUGGCUAGGCCUGUCGCGGCACAUCCGACCCCGGGUCGGAGAGUUCACGUUUUUGGGCUGGCUUACGCUAUUUGUGACCAUCUCGGCAGGCGCCUACAUGGUGUCCAACGUGUGUAGGCGCAUCGGAAGUCACCUGUAUUCGCUCCUGUUCUAGCCUUAUCCGGGACCAUUUCGUUUUAGAUGUAUAUCUGUACCAUUUAGUCAGUGAGAGCUUCGGAUCAUUCCUGCUUCCAUCGGCACCGAGUCGCGUAAUAGUAUAUAAUGCACCUUGUUUUACGUUUAAUAUUGUUAUCCUGUUUCUUCUCUUUGUACAUAAACGGCUAACCUAGGACCAGGCGCAAUAAAUCGUGUGUUUUAAAUUCUUUA